CUGUCAGACAGCAGUAGUUGUCAAAAAUAUAAAGGUGAAAGAAGUGCUUGUAUUAAUUCUAAAAAUGUUAGCCGUGUUAUGUAUUAUUUUCUUAAUCGGUUAAAGUGAAAGAAUGUUAAGUGUUUGUUAUUUGAUACUGAUGAAAAUAACAUUUAUGAAUAUAAAUAUGCACAAACGUUGCUAUCGGUAAGACGUACCUAAUAUAAAAAUUAUAAUUGGGUAGGAAAAAUUAAAUUUUAUCAAAUAAAUAAUUAUAUCAUCCACAAUGAAACACCUAGCAGCUUGGUACCAAAAGAAAAUAAGUUCAUAUGAUAAAGAAGAAUGGGAGACAAUGGUUGAACAGCUGUUGAUGCGAGGCACAUACCGUCGUCGCAUAGUUGAUUUUUCAUCACAUGCAAGAUCAUAUCUAAUAGAUGUUGAUUUAGUUCGAGGUUCAUCAUUCCCUAAAGCGAAGCCUACUCUUGGCAUGAGAAGGGUAGUAUGGUUCGCAUUAGUGCGCCUUGUAUUCCUACCAGCAUUGUAUCAGUGGUGGGCGCAGCAAACUUCCCCAGCUUGCGCCAAGUUCCUACUUGCUGUAUGGAUGCUACAAGUUAUUAAUAUAUCUAUCAUGUUCAUUGCUCCUGCCUCUAUUGAAAUUGAUUCAAACUGUUGGAUUGUACCAGUGGGGCUAAUGCUUGUACUGAGUAUAGUACAUUCGCAAAUAGUGAGCACAACUGAGAUGGAAUUAGCCAGGGUGCGACCUAGGUCGACAUAUAGAAGAAAAUUGCCGAGGUAUUUCAGGAAAGCGAGGUCGGACUGUGACGGCGGCAGCGGUGGUGGGUCCGCUGAAAGUGGAGCAACAUCGAGCCAAAGCAAAAGUACUUUUACUAAGCCAUCGAAAUUUAGACGACGACUUUCUCGCUCUGACUCCACAGAUACAGGUCUCAGAAAGCGUAAAAAAGAUUUAAUUAAAGACACCGGACCAGACUUAGAAACUAAACAUAAAGCCAAACCUAUGCCCAAAGCCAAAGUCAAAGAUUCGGAUGACGAAGACUAUAUGUCUUGGAAAAAGCCUGACGCAACCGCUCCAAUAGUCACAUUCACUCCACCUCCAGAAGACGCGACACCUAGCUCCUCAUUUCGCUACAAACCUAAUAUAUUAACGAAGAAAUACCUCGAGAUUUUUGUCUCACAAAGCGACAAUAAUAAACCGAUAUUCGCUGAUGGCGACGACGGAUUUGAAAGUCUAAAUGGAUAUAAUUCGAAUUGUAGCGAUGGAGAGACUCGUAAUAAGGAUUUAGCAACACAGAGCAAGCCAAGUACUGCGAAGGCGAAGAUAACAGGCGAAAAUCAACAGCCUAAAAUUCAACCACCUUUAAAAGUAUUUAUAGAUGAUAAUAAAGAUAUAGCCGACGAAAAUGUUCAAUGUGAAGAUGUAAGUACGUCCGUAAAAGAAAACAAAGAUGAAGAAAAGUCAUUCGACCCGGAUUCUGAUAGUGCAGUAACAACAACUAAUCCCACAGUCAAAAGAACUGGAGUAAGAUUUCGAAACUCGUGGGCCAAAGACGCGGUGCAACCCGAAACAAGCGAUGAAGAUUUCGCAAAUGUCAAACGUAAACGAAAGAAAUUAGAGAACUACCAGAGUUCGACAUCCGAUGGAGAAUGUUCCGCUUCCGCGCCAUCCAUCGCAUUACCUUCGCACCAUACCAUGUCAGACUGGGUGGGGCAAAUCACUAACAGUGAGGAGAGCAGCUACGAAUCGCAAUCAGAAGCUGGACACUCGGACGUAGGCUUCCACUACGCUGGCGACAGUUCGUGGGAUCCGUUCGCUAUUUUGGAUCCUUCGAGUGACACAGUGAAGUGCACGAUGUGGGAGCGCGGGUCCACGCUGCGCGCCGAGCUGUCGGCCGUGGACAUCAGCUGGUGCGUGGUGGCGCGCGCCGAGCGGGCCAUGGCGGCCGAGGGCUGCGCGUGGGCGGGCCUGCUGCUGGCCGCGCUCGUGGCGCUCGUGGCGCCCGCCGCGCGCCUGCUGCAGGUGGCUAUAGAACAAGACAAUAGGAGCGAAGAGGAGCUGCAAACAUUAUCUCUCAUAAGCUACAUACCGUCAGUCGUCGUCAACUACACUCAGGGUUCCGUGUAUUGCACGUUCAAUGGCGCAUUCGGUGAUAACGUUUGGGAAGUCACGUCAAACAUUCUAUCUAGCAUUCUACGAUUCACAUUAAGCGGUCUCGUGUUUUUUCUCCUUGCUGUGGCAGAACGUGCGUACAAACAGAGGUUCCUGUACGCGAAACUGUUCUCACAUCUGACGUCAGCGAGGAGGGCACGGAAAUCGGAAUUGCCGCAUUUCAGACUUAACACAGUCAGGAAUAUCAAGACUUGGCUCUCCACGAGGUCAUAUUUACGUAGACGAGGGCCUCAGCGAUCAGUAGAUGUCAUCGUGUCAUCUGCAUUUAUGCUUACUCUCACUUUACUCGCUUGUGUAAGCGCUCAACUACUGAGGGAUUCUAUAACCCUGGAAAGAGGCUGGCUGCUCGAGGCUAUGGUUUGGAGUUGUUGUCUUGGCAUUUAUUUAUUACGUCUCCUGACUUUGGGCAGUAAUGUCAAUCGUAAAUAUCGUGGAUGCCUGUCAGCUAUACUCACGGAGCAAAUAAACUUACAUUUAGCGAUCGAACAGCGACCAGAGAGCAAGGAACAACUCAUAGUGGCCAAUAAUGUACUCAAACUAGCUGCGGACUUGCUGAAGGAGCUGGAUUCACCUUUUAAAAUAUCCGGUAUAUGUGCCAAUCAUUAUCUAUAUACGAUUACUAAAGUCGUUAUAUUAUCAGCACUUUCUGGCGUACUCUCGGAAAUGUUAGGAUUUAAAUUGAAACUUCACAAAAUAAAAAUUAAAUAAAUAUUAGAUAUAAGGUGACCAUUUAAAAAUGGUCUUCAUUUCUGAUACAAUUAUGUACAAAUGACAUAAAGAUAAUAUGUUAUCUAUAUACAUUCAUGAAUAGUUUACUUUUUUUUGUAGGCAAAGCCCACCUGCUGUAGACGCUUGUUUCAAAUUUUUUAAGACUAUUUGUCGAUUUAGUUGUAAGGGUCACAAAGGACGAUAGGAAAUAGGUUAAGUUAAUAAUAAUUAUUAAAAGGUGGUUUCAAUAUAGACGUAAAAAUCGUUCUAAUAAUUAUUAUUAUCAAUAAUGGCUUUUUAAGUAACUCAAAUAUCGAGUUUAUAAUUGAAAUUUAAAUCAUGACUUGCAAAAGGUCGUGCCUUACUGGGAUCUUCAAGUAUAUCUAGAUAUUUUUUGUUAGAUCUUAGUUGUGUCCAAAUUAAUUUUUUAAUCAAAUUUAAUACAUAUAUCAUAGACUUUUUUUAUUUUUUAGUUUAUUUUACUUUUAAAUGGUGCAAUAAAAAUCUUUACAAAUUAAAUUAAUUUAAAAAAAACAUUGACAGUAAAAGAAUGUUUCUUAAAACAACGAUUUGCAAUAAUUAUACUAACGAUUGAAACUUAGAAAUUAUUUUUUGUGUUGAAUAUUACUUGCAUAAUAUUCAAUAGUGGCAACAAGUGGCGUCCUAAUUUCUUGCCAGUAAUAUAAUCUGUUCUCAAAUUAUUUUGUAUUAUUUUUAUAUUCAAUGAUCUAAUUAAAAUAUAUAUAAAAAAAUACUGUAAUAUUAUAUUUUAACACAGACUGUUUAUACUAUAAUAUGAAUUUAUAUAUAAAUGUUAUAUGGACGGAUAGUCACUAAAGAAAACCCGUCAAUUAAUUAAGACGUACUUUGGUCAGUAGCAUUUUAAAUGUUUAUUUUGAUCUCAAAUAAUUAAAAAAUAGUCAAAUAUCAAGAACGCGAUGCUAUUAUGUACUAAAUGAGUUCUGUAUUUUUUUUAUUAUUUUUCUUUAUAAUCAUUUGUAUACAUAACGCUUAAUUUUGACAAUGCACUAAGACCUUUACAAAUAACUGAAGAACUUUAGAAAAAUAUAUAUAAGAACUUAAACUUUAUGUUUAGUACAUUGUGAUAUUAUUUUUAAAUUAAUUCACAAAAGUCAUAGAUAAAAGUUAGAAUACGCCGUUCCUAUAAUAACAAACUCAAUUUAAUUAUAAUCUACUCAUGCAAUAAACUUAGCGUUUAUUAUUAUAUUACCCAACUAGUAACUUCCGACUUUACUUAUAAACGUAUUUAGCGGGUGAUUAGUCAAACAAUGCUGUCUUCUUCUUUAGAAUGACAAAAAUAGCGAUUUUCCUGUUUAACUAAACAGCCGCUAAAUUAAUCAUUUAAUAAGUCCGUUAUUUUUUAAUAAAAUUAGUCAAUUAUUUUUUCACGACUAUAUCUUUGGUGUUUAAAAAAUUUACAAGCUAGUAAAAUUUUCAUGUGUAAAACGUCACCAUGUAAUAAUAGUAAUAUAACAUACAAUACGCGCGAUCUUAGUUAGAAAUCAGUUUGUUAUUCAAAAUAAUUAUUUUGCAUCGACAAACAUUUGAAACAUAUUGUGAUAUCCUAAAAUCAUGUUAAAUUUUAACUUUACAACAAAUUACAGACAAAUCAUUUUGGAGACGUUUUGCAUUUGUAGUUGUGCACCGUUAGCAGAUAAAUAAAUAAACUAAAACUUUUUUUUAGUUUUUAUAGGUAGGCACUGUAAAUAAUACAUAUUAAGCGUAAUAAUUAAUCAUGAACUUCAACUCCAGAUAUUUUUUAGACAUCCUCAUCCUCACUUUCAUUCGAUAAAGUAUUAAUGUUUUGAUAUUAUUUCUAAAGCCUCGUUCAAAGUUUUUCUUCUUCAAGAGUAUGUAGACAACUAUUUCUUUAUUACUUUACAGUUACAGGCACUACAUUUUUUACUCAGCUAACGUCAUUAUACACUUUCCCCCAUAUUUUUUAUUAACUAAUUAUUAAAAUAAUAAUAAAUUAAAUGACACUUCUAACUCUAUUACAUCGCUAGAUUGCGAGGCACGUGAUAGCUUGCGCAACUGAUUUAGUCACUAUGUACACUACUACAAACGCAAAAACGUCUCUAAGCAGAUUUAUUUGUAAUUGCAACUUGCAAGCCGAGCGACCGUUUUAUGGAAUCAUACAGAGCUGUGACCCCUCGGCGUUUAGUUUUUCAAAUAUUUAAAAUUUUAUAUUUUCGAAAAUAGUUUCGAAAUAAUCAUUAUGAAAAUUCGGUAAGAGCAGCUAUAUUAUAUCUAUGCCGUCUCGAUCCGGUCGGGCGUAUUCGUAAAUAUGAUGUUAGUUGAUGCACAAUAUUGAUUCUGAAAAAUUGUAAACGGCUUGAACAGAUUAUUAAAUCUGAUUCUGAGAUUCUGAGCAAUAUAAUUUAGACUAGAGAUGCCAAUUGGCGCAUAUUGUAUAAUCUUGAUUAUAUUAUACAUUCUCUCAGAGAGCAAACUUAGGACCGGUUGUAGAUCGCGCGUAUUUUAUAUAGUGUGGCAUUGACAAUGGAAAAUAGUUUAAAUAAGGAAGAAGCAUUGCGGCCAAUAAACGCAAUUAAUUUUGUCGUUGCGUAUUUCCAUAUGUAAUAGUAAGUUUUUCUCGAUAUAAAAUAAAAUUACUAACAUUUACAUCGCAGAAAUUAUUAAUUAUGUAAUUAUUUUUACGGAUUAUGUAAUUUCAAAUGUACACACUUUAAAUAAAAUACAAAUUAUAUAUUUUAUAAUAUAGUUGUUUUUGGAGUUGAAAUGUGAUGUUUUGAUUAUUAUAAAUUGAAGAAAUUAAACCUAAAAUAUACUUAUAAAUAUUCAAUUUUGAAUAUCGUCAUUUUAUUUCUUAAAUUUCUGCUUAAACGAUAAAGAAAAUUGAUUGUUAAAGUUGGUUGGACAUUUAUAAAAAUAAUGUGUUACUGGUGCUUGUAUUUCCUCGUAGAUGUAAGUUUUAUUGUCAGGUUUUAGUUACCCAUUCAAUUUUGUAAGCUAAUAAGGAUAAUGCAACGAAAAAAAAAAAAACAAAAAUUUACAUGCACUAUUCGGUAAAUUUAUUAUAGCUGAUGUUAAUCUUGCUUGGUAGACUCUGCUUAGAAUUAUACAUUUUUAAUAAAACAAUAUUGUAACUUGUUUUACCUAGAAAAUAACCAAGGUAGCUGUGAGACCUUAUACAACAUAUUUCUGUCUGUACUAUGUAAGUCCAUAAUCAUUAAAAAAACUAUUAAUAAAACAACUAGUUCUUGCA